CUCGUGGACGGACGACCGCGGGAGGGUCGUCUCGGAGCGAUGAAUGCGGGUGUCCCUCCCGCCCGGGGGAGCAAGUACCUAGUAGGAAACGUAUCCGUGUCUCGCGAAGCGGGUGCGCUCGAUGGACCUGCCGUGUGUGUGUGUGGACCUUUGCCGCUGACUGCCAGUGGUGUUGGCGAGCCGGUUCGAGCGGCAGGCGACCUCGACCCCGAUAAGCACCGGUACUGGGCCAAGUCGUUCUUGCGCUCACCGUGGUGUCCAGGUUGUGACAGCCGCCAAUUUCGAACGUGAUACGAAAGUGCGACAUGGAGGAUCCGUUGCGGCAGAGGUGUCACUGGUCCUCCUCGGAAAACGGACGCGAGCCUGCUUCGUCAGUACAUAUGUUGUCGGUUAGCCGCGCUCGGUAUGCGUGGAAACCCCUUGGGGACCUACGAAGGAUCGACCAGAGAAGCCCAAGGAGCUUACCGUUGUUACUUUUGGAGGCUUUAAAGGACAUCGCGAGCUCUCUGACGCCGCGCGUUAGAUGGGAUGGACGACUCGUCUCUCUCCGCCUGCAAGAUAGGAGACGGGAAGCGGCGGACGAGGGAUCCCGGAGCGCUGGCAAGAGUUCGCCGGGGCGUCCACGAAUCGAUACAAAGACCCAGGGAGCUUUUGGUCCGAUCUGGAGAGCUCCAGUGAUGUGCUGCCUUCCCCCCCCUGCUGGUCUUGGGUUGGGCUGCCGUUCGUGUCCCCGUAAGGGCCACCCAAGUGAUGGCCUUCCCCCUGGAGAGAAAAGGUUGCACUCUGACCCAGCAGACGGUUGGGGAAGGUGUGUUUUCUAAUCUCCAAGUCAAAGCCAGUCCACCGGACCACGAGGGAUACGAUUGUCUUCCAAGACGACGCGUGGCUAUGAAUCCGAACAGCUCGAGGUCACGAC